AUUCGCUGCUAAGAAGAAAAAGGCGCGCUCAAAAAUGCGUGUGGAAUAUGUAAUCUUCAAUUAUUCAUAGUUUCCGAUAACACCAUCCGCGCCAAGGUCAUUGGCAGCCGAGGCUACGCCCAAGAGAUCCCUUCACCGCAAGGGGAUUGUCUGCGAUUCCAGGGAUUCUACUUACCAUGUGGAUCCUAAUCACGGCACUGAGGAUAUGGGGUUGGGGUCGUACAAGGAACCCUCGUCCGCCACUCCAGUGGGGUUGCGCAGAAACAUAUAGGAAGUGCAGCUAGGUUGUAAAGGCGGGCCCCGCUGGCGCCCAUGAUAGCAUCAUUGGCAGAUAAGACGCAAUUGGCCAUGUCCAGGUAUAAGACGCCCGCGGCUUUCAUGAUCCUCAGAUUCCCUCUGAGCACCACCAUCCCUCGACCAUCACCAUGAGACCGUCAUCCUUGCUUGCUCUGACCAAUGGAGCUGUCGCACUAUGCAGUAACACGACUGCAGGCGACCGCGCCGGCGCUGUCAACGCUGGUGGUCCCAAGAUCAUCAUGGACAAUGACUGGAAUGCCGCCGCCGCGACGCAGUUCCUGAUGGCUCUAGACUACGGCUGGGACAUUCUGGGCCUGGUGGGUGACACUUCGAACUCCUGGGCCAAGCAGUGCAGUUACCAUGCUCUGGCGCUUCUGGAGAUCGGCAACCUAUCUUGCAUCCCAGUGCACAAGGGCUCCGAUUACCCGCUGCUCGUGACACCCAAGUUGAUGCAGACCUGGCAGACGCUUUUGGGGCCUUUGCCGUGGCAGGGCGUCUUCGCGCCGGAAAAUGCCACGUUGGAGGCUCUUGGUUCUGAUCCCACGAGUGGCGAUCCGCAGCGCAUCGUCAAAGAAGCGUUCAUUGAGGGGUACCCGAACACAACACUCGCAGGAGAGCAAGCGGCGGCCUGGAUGGUUGAGCAGGUCCGCAAAUAUCCUGGCGAGGUUGUGAUCUAUGAGGGCGGCUCGCUCACGAACAUCGCGCUGGCUGUUCGGCUGGAUCCCGAUUUUGCGAAGAACACCGCGGGAUUAUGGAUCAUGGGCGGCUUUGUCGACGUCAACCUCCUGCAGACAAGUGCAAGCACUCUUCAAGCGGAUAUCAAUACGGAUUUCAACUUCAAGGCCGACCCAGAGGCAGCUAAGAUCGCACUCACCGCAGACUUUCCCAACAUUACUUUGGUGUCGAGUGCGGCAAAUGGUCUCGACCUGUUCCCGACCACCGAGUACAUCGACGAAAUCGCAGAGGUCGUCAACCCGUACACAAUCCUGAACAAGGCCGCCGCAUAUCCCGACUUGCCAUUCUGGGAUGAGGCUACCUUACUGACACUUCUGGAUCCCUCGUCGGUCCUCAACCAGACGUCGUUCUAUGUGAACGUAGAUACGUCGUACUACUCCCCGACGUACGGCAACAUCUAUGCGUAUCAGGAGGCGCUGCUGCCUACGCAGCAGGAUCUCAGAUCGGUUAACUACGUGUACUCCAUCAACGGCACGACGUUUCGAACGGCCUUGAAGAGGGCGCUGCAGUACCCAAAGUCUUGUACAUAGAUUCCGGCUACACAAAACAGCGACCGGCUGCAGCCAGCUUAAUUUAUCAUGUAUAUGUUGUCCAAUAUAGUCCGGUGCGGAUGAAUUUCGAGCCAUAUAUGUGUACUGAGUACGCUUCAGA